UCUGGUCCUGGAGUCCACUACCAAGGUAUAGCCAAGGCGUGUGAGCAGAACCUGAGGAGGACCUUCCAGUACGGAGGAAGGAUCGAACACCCCAACAGCAUGGAGCUGAAGGCCAUGCUGGCUGGGCGGAGCUCCAAGAGACAGUUGUUCCUCCUACCAGGCGGCAUCGAGAGACACCUCAAAAUCAAGACCUGCUCAGUGUCUCUGGAUGCUAUAGAGGAGCUAUGUAAUGACAUGGGACUGCACAGACUGGAGGCCAUGGAUGAGUACGCUGUAUUUGUGGUCACACACCGAGGUCAGAAUGUCCGUCCCCUCAAUAAGAGGGAGUACAUCCUGGACAUUACUACGGAGGCGGAGCCAGUGGACUGUAACUACAGCCUGUGGCUCAGGAGGGUCAUCUGGACACAGCCACUUAAAUUUGACAACGAGCUCUGUGUCACCAUGCAUUAUAACCAGGUGUUACCAGACUAUCUGAAGGCCUUGCUGAGUGUGGUUCCUCAGAGUAAAGCCAGUGAGCAGCAGCUGCAGCAGUUGGCCAAGCUGGCAGCAUUACAACACCGUGUUAAAGAUAUCGUCUUCCUGCCCACCAUUGGUGAGGUCCAGGAUUAUGUCCCCCCCCAGCUCUACAUCAGACAGCCUCCUCAGCCCUGGCUCAACAUGGUCACUCUGCAUAUGCAGCAGGUCUCUCCUCUGAGUCCUCACCAGGCCAGGGCUCAGUUCCUCGGUCUGGUCAGUGCGUUCCCCAUGUUUGGUUCCUCCUUCUUCUACAUCCAGUCCAGCAGCAACAUCUCCAUCCUGGCUCCCUGUGUGUUGGCUGUCAACCAGAACGGACUGCACUUCCUACACAAGGACUCACAUGAGGCCACGGCGCGUUACCCUCUGAAUGAGAUCCAGUCCACCAGAACCCAGAGACCAACAGGAGGCUCCAGCUCCUCCUAUCCCUACGUCGACAUUCUGCUGGGAGACCUGCUGACACAGCGAAUCACACAGCUGCAGCUGGAACAGGGUCUGGAGUUGUGUCGGGUCAUCGCCAUGCACAUGGAAAACAUGCUGUCAGUCCGGGAGAAGAGACUCACCCUGCCACCGAGUGAGAUCACUCUGUUAUAAAACUCUAUCUGUCUGUCAGUCCGGGAGAAGAGACUCACCCUGCCACCGAGUGAGAUCACUCUGUUAUAAAACUCUGUCUGUCUGUCAGUCCGGGAGAAGAGACUCACCCUGCCACCGAGUGAGAUCACUCUGUUAUAAAACUCUGUCAGUCUGUCAGUCCGGGAGAAGAGACUCACCCUGCCACAGAGUGAGAUCACUCUGUUAUAAAACUCUGUCUGUCUGUCAGUCCGGGAGAAGAGACUCACCCUGCCACCUAGUGAGAUCACUCUGUUAUAACACUCUGUCAGUCUGUCUGUCCGGGAGAAGAGACUCACCCUGCCACCCAGUGAGAUCACUCUGUUAUAAAACUCUGUCUGUCUGUCUGUCCGGGAGAAGAAGAAGUGGUAGAUGGUGGUAGAUUGUGGUAGUUGGUGGUAGUUGGUGGUAGAUUGUGGUAGAUGGUGGAAGAUGGUGGUAGAUGGUGGUAGAUGGUGGAAGAUGGUGGUAGAUGGUGGUAGAUGUUGGUGGUAGAUUGUGGUAGAUGGUGGUAGUUAGUGGUAGAUUGUGGUAGUUGGUGGAAGAUGGUGGUAGUUGGUGGUAGAUGGUGGUAGAUGGUGAUAGAUAGUGGUAGAUGGUGGUAGAUGGUGGUAGAUAGUGGUAGAUUGUGGUAGAUGGUGGUAGAUGGUGGUAGUUGGUGGUAGAUUGUGGUAGAUGGUGGUAGAUGGUGGUAGUUGGUGGUAGAUUGUGGUAGAUGGUGGAAGAUGGUGGUAGAUGGUGGUAGAUGUUGGUGGUAGAUUGUGGUAGAUGGUGGUAGUUAGUGGUAGAUUGUGGUAGUUGGUGGAAGAUGGUGGUAGUUGGUGGUAGAUGGUGGUAGAUGGUGAUAGAUGGUGAUAGAUGGUGGUAGUUGGUGGUAGAUUGUGGUAGAUGGUGAUAGUUGGUGGUAGUUGGUGGUAGUUGGUGGUAGAUUGUGGUAGAUGGUGGUAGAUGGUGGUAGAUGUUGGUGGUAGAUUGUGGUAGAUGGUGGUAGUUAGUGGUAGAUUGUGGUAGAUUGUGGUAGAUGGUGGUAGAUGGUGAUAGAUAGUGGUAGAUGGUGGUAGUUGGUGGUAGAUUGUGGUAGAUGGUGGUAGUUAGUUGUAGAAGGGGUUAGAAGGUGGUAGAUGGUGUUAGUUUGUGGUAGAUGGUGGUAGAUAGUGGUAGUUGGUGGUAGAUAUUGAUAGUUGGUGGUAUAUGGUGGUAUAUGGUGGUAGAUGGUGGUAGAUGGUGGUAGUUAGUGGUAGAUGGUGGUCGAUGGUGGUAGAUAGUGGUCGAUGGUGUUAUAUGGUGGUCGAUGGUGGUAUAUGGUGAUAGAUAGUGGUAGUUGGUGGUAGAUGGUGGUAGUUGGUGCUAGAAGGUGCUAGAUAGUGGUAGAUAGUGGUAGAUGUUGCUAGAUGGUGAUAUAUAGUGGUAGAUAGGGGUAGAUCUUGCUAGAUGGUGAUAGAUAGUGGUAGAUAGUGGUAGAUCGUGGUAGUUAGUGGUAGAUGGUGGUAGAUGGUGAUAGAAGGUGGUAGAUGGUGUUAGAAGGUGGUAGAUGGUGAUAGAUAGUGGUAGAUGGUGGUAGUUAGUGGUAGAUGGUGUUAGAAGUUGGUAGAUGGUGAUAGAUGGUGGUAGAUAGUGGUAGAAGGUGGUAGAUGGUGGUAGAUAGUGGUAGAUGGUGAUAGAAGGUGGUAGAUGGUUGUAGUUAGUGGUAGAUGGUGGUAGAUGGUGAUAGAUGGUGAUAGAUGGUGGUAGUUAGUGGUAGAUAGUGGUAGAUGGUGGUAGUUAGUGGUAGAUGGUGGUAGAUAGUGAUAGAAGGUGGUAGAUGGUGGUAGAUGGUGAUAGAUGGUGGUAAUUGGUGGUAGAUGGUGUUAGAAGGUGGUAGAUGGUGGUAGAUGGUGUUAGAAGGUGGUAGGCGGUGGUAGAUGGUGGUAGAGGGUGGUAGAUGGUGUUAGAAGGUGGUAGAUAGUGGUAGAUGGUGUUAGAAGGUGGUAGGCGGUGAUAGAAGGUGGUAGAUGGUGUUAGAUAGUGGUAGAUGGUGAUAGAAAGUGGUAGAUGGUGGUAGUUAGUGGUAGGCGGUGGUAGAUUGAUCGUUCUGUAUCUACACCACACUGUCACAAGGGGGAGGAAUAACUCUGAUCUAUCAGUGUGGCACAGAUUGACCAUCUUUUCCUAAAUCAAUGGAGGUGUUUUCAGUCUGAUAGUCUCUCUUCUCUGGCAAUAAAGUCCUGCAUCGGGCAACAACAACAAAUCAGCUGGCGGUGGUUCUGGAGUUAAGAGAGAACUUGGUGAAAUACAAUCGGGGAAUUACACUUGACAUGUGGACUGACGAUUGUCAAAAAUAAGGCACGAUGGGCUGUUGGUUUCUGUCCCUCUGAAAACCAGAAGUUAAUCAUUCUAAAUACAAACUGUCUUUAUUUACCAUAUUGUGGAAGAGUGACAGACCCUCUGUAUGAAGGGAGGUUCUGACACACGGAGUCCUCCUUUACUGAGGUGAAGAAGAGACAGGAAGGGAGGUUCUGACACACAGAGUCCUCCUUUACUGAGGUGAAGAAGAGACAGGAAGGGAGGUUCUAACACACGGAGUCCUCCUUUACUGAGGUGAAGAAGAGACAGGAAGGGAGGUUCUAACACACGGAGUCCUCCUUUACUGAGGUGAAGAAGAGACAGGAAGGGAGGUUCUAACACACAGAGUCCUCCUUUACUGAGGUGAAGAAGAGACAGGAAGGGAGGUUCUAACACGGAGUCCUCCUUUACUGAGGUGAAGAAGAGACAGGAAGGGAGGUUCUGACACAUGGAGUCCUCCUUUACUGAGGUGAAGAAGAGACAGGAAGGGAGGUUCUAACACGGAGUCCUCCUUUACUGAGGUGAAGAAGAGACAGGAAGGGAGGUUCUGACACACGGAGUCCUCCUUUACUGAGGUGAAGAAGAGACAGGAAGGGAGGUUCUAACACGGAGUCCUCCUUUACUGAGGUGAAGAAGAGACAGGAAGGGAGGUUCUGACACAUGGAGUCCUCCUUUACUGAGGUGAAGAAGAGACAGGAAGGGAGGUUCUGACACACGGAGUCCUCCUUUACUGAGGUGAAGAAGAGACAGGAAGGGAGGUUCUAACACACGGAGUCCUCCUUUACUGAGGUGAAGAAGAGACAGGAAGGGAGGUUCUAACACACGGAGUCCUCCUUUACUGAGGUGAAGAAGAGACAGGAAGGGAGGUUCUAACACGGAGUCCUCCUUUACUGAGGUGAAGAAGAGACAGGAAGGGAGGUUCUAACACACGGAGUCCUCCUUUACUGAGGUGAAGAAGAGACAGGAAGGGAGGUUCUAACACACAGAGUCCUCCUUUACUGAGGUGAAGAAGAGACAGGAAGGGAGGUUCUAACACACAGAGUCCUCCUUUACUGAGGUGAAUAAAGAAAUGUUUUGACUGUUUUGUCCACGUUAAUCUUAUGUUGUGUUCUAUUAUCUGCGACACUGAGGUUACAAUGAAGAAUGUAAACUAAAUACAUCUAAUUAAAUCCUAUUCAUAAUGAA